AUGGCGCGUGAAGUGGGCUUGGAUGCAGCGAUCGAUAUGGAGGCAGCCGAGGAGCUUCUGCAGGAGCACGCGGCAGCCGUGAUCCCACAUCUGCAGCUUCGAGGCAUUGCCGGCGAUGGCAACUGCCUCUUUCGUGCCGCGGCUUGUCAAGUUCCUGAAGGUGAAGAACACCACGUGGCGCUGCGAGCCAUCUGCGCAGCUGGUGCUGCUGAUGCAUGGGAGCGCUACGCGCCAUACCUGCCGCCUUGCAGUCGAGAGCAGGUGCUGGAAUGGUGCCGCAACAUGGCGCAAGACCGUUUUUGGGGCGAUGGAUUAGCAUGCCGGGUGUUGACGGACUGUUUGAAGCGGCCCAUGAUCAUCUGGCGGCUCAUGGAGCCCGAACAGAGGCCUUCCUGCUUCGUGCCCGCCCUGGGCGUGGUGGGCGCACCGGUGCAGCCUAUCUACCUCUUCCUGGAUGAAAGAGUUCGCGGAGCUGAGCACUACUGGGCCCUGGUUAGGGGCGAGCGGCCUGCUCAGCACAGUCCGUGGCAGGCACUGCAACCCGCCGCUGCGGGCGAUGGCUGCCGGGGGAGCUUCAGGCGACGUCGUUUGCCGGCCUCCUUCUUCGGGACUGCCAACCAACAAGCAUCAUCGGGGCCUUGGACGCGUCAUGGCUUGACGCAAGGUCAGAUGGAAGAGCUGUUACUUAUGCAGGACCAAGGCGCAUCUCCAGCUGAGCUAGCAGCCAAGUUCUUCCCGGGACAGCCCGGCAAAUUGGAUACGCUGCGCCGAUGGGCUUUCGCCGACAAGGAGAAAAUUCGCGCACGAGUUCGAGAACAUGUGGCAGCCAAGACGCAAGCGCACAGCUCCCGCCGGGCUAUGGCGGCAUCGUGCCACAUCGCUAACAACAAGUGCCUUCAGCUUCAGGCGGAACGGCCUCCCGCAGCUUCGUCUUGGCAACAGGAACUCGGGCGACGGUUUUCCGUCGAAGGCUCUGCAGCGGCUGGCGCGCUCCCUGACCAACACUCGAGCCAGAUGCCUUUAGCGCAAGAGUUUCGCGGCUGGAUGCGCCAUGCUUCCUGGACGUACUGCUCGAGGCACGAGAGCAUGGUAAUUAAGUGCGGGCGGCGAACGGCAAAGCGAACCUGCUCCUUGCAUUGGCGCUCCCACGCGGCAGCCGCCGUCUCCUGUCCAUGCUCUCCCACAUGUGACCCCGACCCAGCUCGUUUGGAGGCCCGUGCUCCGGCUGUGGAGGAAGCGGCCAAGGAAGAGAGCGGCGGCAAGCUGCAGGCGUAUUUGACCCCGGACGCCAGCUACUGGGAGGCUUUCCGGGAUUUCGUGUGCGAGGGCAACCUCGGCUGGGAUGAUUUCUUUACGAUCUUGCCCAAGGAAGAUGCCGCACGUCUAGCUCCGUUGGACCUGAAGGUGGACUACGUUACUCGAAGAGGUGGGCAAGCCUGCGUCACGGCCAAACAGAAGAAGUCCUUGGUGCGCGCAAUUUGGAAGCCUGCGGACGUUACGGAGCAGCUGCCCACGCCCGCUUCUCUUCGGGCUUUCACCUUCCUCAUGGAGCACAACGACACCUACAGGACCUACGUGCUUCAACACCGUGAGCUACUUCGAGCCAAUGCGAACGCCGAAAACGCAAGCCUCGGAGACACGGAUAUAUCCAACCGGCUGAAAGAGUUGGGCAUCCUGAAAGCGUCCUCCACGCCGAGCGCCAAGACUCACUGGCUUCGCAAAGUGCUCUCUCGCAAUGUGGACUUUGUCAAGGACUACCCGUUGCAGUGCUUCUUACAUGACGCGACCAUGGCGAAAACAAUUACCUCAGUGGUCGCUGUUGCUGAGAAGCAGAAGAUCUCGCCGGAUGAGGCUGCUGCGGACAUGCCGCAGUUUGAACAAUACUGGCACCACCAAGCACAGAAGUUGGAGGACGUGUGUCGGCAGGCCCAGACGUUCCCAAAUCUCUUCUUCACCAUUGCUCCCGCUGAGUGGAGGUUCCCCCUACACGGGGGCAUGUUCGGCAAAGCCGACCAGGAUGAUCUCAGCCAAUGUCAAGCCUGGUUGACCAUGCACAUGCACAACUGCAUCGGCGCCAUCCUGGAUGAGGUGCUGUGGAAGAACAAGGCCCAGGCGGCCGACUUGGGAAUUGCGGAGAUCGAGCACUACACCUAUCGCUUUGAGUUCCAAGGACGUGGCACCCUUCAUGUGCACGCCGUGGCGUGGGUGAAGUUCAAUCCCGGGGUCUCCAUAGAGGAGUUGAGCGGCCGCAGCGGUGUGGGAGUUCAGACGAGUCCAUUGGUGCGGCUCUUGGAGGAGGUAUUUGAUUGUGGAGCUGUUGAUGUGCAGUGCGGGCAUUCAGAACACAAUUCGUCCGACCUUGAAGACCGAGACGAAGGUUCCUCGGAAAGUGAGGAGUCAUCGAUGGAUGUAGAUCAGGAGGGUAGCUCAGAUUCCGAAAGCGGGGCGGAAGAGGAGCCCGAAACGAGCUGUUCUCCGGAUUGCUCUGAGAGCUCUGAGGACUCGUUCAUUCGGUGA